AUGUCUGGACGACUGGUGUUUGCAACAAUUCUGUGUAUUCCACUGGUUGCUGCAUUCGAUUGGGGAGACUUUCAUAAAGUGGCUGUGAUCUUCUUCUCAUUUUUUGGACCUGCCGUUAUCCUUGGCGCCAUCGCAGCAAUCGCCUACUUCGCUUGCGUACGAUCGUGGUAUGAAUCUUUCCGGGAAGAAGUUCGGGAAACUCAUCGAUCCUAUCAUCCAUGGCCACCAGGCUCCGCCAAAUGGCAGCUACAACAAUAUGUUAGAGGCAAUGGACCACCACCCGUGAAGCAUCUCAAAGCGACUCCGCCACCAAUGAUCCAGAAGUCAACACCAAGUCCAAUACCACCUGGACAACUCUUCUCACCUGCUUCACAUCCGAACGGCUCUAUUGCACAGGGACCGAUUAUUUCACCAUCUCCACAUCACAAUACCAAGGAGUCUCAGAUGUCAUUACAAUCACCACCUCCAUCGGUUCAGAACAAAAUGAAUAACUACCGUGAAAAGUUGGUUUCUCCUCAACCUCUCGAAAUUUACUGCGGCCCGUCUUCCACCUAUGUACCGUACACGGUCAGUAGUCCACAUGAAAGAUCAGAAGCUGGACAACAGCUUGAAGCGAUCACAGUCCGCACAACGACAACCACCAGGCGGACGACGGUACUGAGCCCAAUACCGAAACGACCGUACACUGUAGUGUAG